AUGGCAGCCAAAAUCGCUCCCAAAGCCAUCUCUGCCAUCAGCCGGCCCAGCACAAUCGCUCCGGCUCUGAGGAAUGCUCGAGGCCAUGCCGCUGCUGUUGAGCCCCCAGCUCCCGGACCUGGCGUGGCGCGGGCGUACUACCGAGACGGAGAUGUGAGGACCAACUGGAGGCGAUCCGAGAUCCAGAAGAUCUUUGAUGGGCCAUUGAUGGAGACUAUCUUCAGAGCUGCUACCGUACACAGGAUGCACCACGACGCGUCUCGUAUACAGAUGUGCACGCUCAUGAACAUCAAAACUGGUGGAUGCAGCGAAGACUGCAAAUACUGCUCCCAAUCCUCCCGCUACAGCACCGAGACCAAAGCCACUCGGCUGGUCGACAUCGAGCCUGUUCUCGAAGCAGCUCGUCAAGCGAAGGCGAACGGAUCCACACGCUUCUGCAUGGGAGCGGCAUGGCGGGAUCUGGCGGGACGGAAGAGCGGCUUUGAGAAGAUCUUGAAGAUGGUUACCGAGGUUCGAGGGAUGGGCAUGGAGGUCUGCACGACUCUUGGCAUGCUGUCUCCCGAGCAGGCUAAGCGGCUCAAGGAGGCCGGUCUGAGCGCAUACAACCAUAACCUCGACACCUCGAGGGAAUUCUACCCGGAGGUGAUCUCCACGAGGUCCUACGAUGAAAGACUAGCUACAAUUGAGGCUGUCCGCCAAGCCGGUAUCUCAGUCUGCUCCGGCGGUAUCCUCGGUCUUGGGGAGAAGGACGAGGACCGUGUCGGCUUGAUCCACGAGGUUUCGAGGAUGCCCGCUCACCCGGAAUCAUUCCCCGUCAAUACCCUUGUCCCCAUAGAAGGUACCCCGCUGGAGAAGAACGAUCCUGUCGAGGUCCACACCGUACUUCGGACCAUCGCGACAGCUCGUAUUGUGCUCCCGAACACUAUCAUUCGUCUUGCUGCUGGUCGGCACACGUUCUCGGAGACUGAACAGGCCAUGGCAUUCAUGGCAGGUGCGAACGCGAUCUUUACCGGCGAGAGGAUGUUGACCACUCCCUGCUCUGGCUGGGACGAGGACAAGUCUAUGCUAGGCCGCUGGGGUCUGAGGGGACAGAGGAGUUUCGAGGACCAGGAGAGCCUCGAGAUCCCGCAGGCCCAGACUGAAGCGGCGGUGUCUGCUACUGCCUGA